AUGAGGAAAACGUGCGAGCCUGGUCAGCCUACAGGUGUUGUUCUUUGCGCUGUCUCUACCACUUGGCUUCCCUUUUCUCAUCUUCAAGUCUUUAAUCUCCUCCACGAUCAACUUCAUCAGGUUAUGUUCAAUGGAAAUUCACCACAUGAAGUUGCACACAUCGCCAUUGAGCUGAUGCUACAAGAGAGCUGCAUCGAUAACUCCGGCAGCUUAAUUGUGUACUCCUCCGUCGGCGUGGACUCGAUCCAGCACGCGACGAAUGGAGAAGAUCCUUCUACUAUUUUGAUUUUGCCCCUCGGAUUCUCGGUUGUCCCGUGA